AUGCGCAGAGUAAAGAGCGCGGGCGGGGCGGGCCGGACCCACGCCGAGAUAACCCGGACAAGCUACCAAUGGAGUCACCUGAGUGGCCAAGCCCUGCUGGAUGUCACCGAGCGUAUCACAGUGCCUGUGCAGGGGGUUCAUGCCAGGAGCCCUGAAGUCGCCCAGCGCGACGCCCUGCCCGUGCUCUGGUCCUGCCUGGGGAACAAGGCGCUGCCUGUGCGGAGCGCCAACGUCCGCACCGUGGCCACCAAGCUCGCCUCUGCCCUCUGCAAGGUGAUGGGCACCCAGCUGAAGGAAUGUGCUGCCAGCAAGCCUCCACAUGUGCGGGAAAACCUCUCCAAAAUGUUUGGGCUGGUGAAGGCGAGAUGUUCUCCAGAAAGCUGAGGAAGCGCUGAGUUGGACACCUCUGGAUUUGCCUUUUGUGCUGUGCAAAAAAUGACAAAAUCCUAAGGAAGGGUGUGCAUCUGACCGCGCUCUCUCCGUCACAUUUCCUAGUCAUGGCAUGGGUGAUAGUGGAACCCUGGAAAAAGUUAAAGAUAGAAUCUAAAAUGUUAGGCUUUGUGCUUUCCCAGAUCAACUGCAUCUGCGUAAGCAGUAUGAUAAAUUAUAUAAUUGUUAGAUGUGAUGAUUGUUUAGUAAUUAAAUGUAAUAUUAUAUAACCAUAAGAAGAAUAGUGAGAAACUCUGUUGGAAAUUCAGAGAGGGGCUAAAUUUAUGUAUACAAUAGAACAAUAUAAGUUUAAUAAUUAACAUGAAAGUUAUGUAACGAUAGAGUAUAAAACAUGAUCAUUUCAGG